AUGUCUGAAUGUUCCGUCAACAACAAUCCUCUAGCCAGGAUCAGCAAGCUCACUCAGAACAGGGGCGCAAAUGCAAACCUAACUAACUUACCGGGGUCAGUUUCACAACAACGAUCAAGACAACAACAGGAAAGAGACGCUUCUAUCGUGUCAUUCAAGACCUUCCAGAAACCAGUAUCUGAGUUGAAUAAAGCACAACUGAAUGAUUUCAUUAACGGGUCUAUUCAACAACCAAAGAACACCGCUUUCUCACCCCAAUAUGCUCCAAUUAAUUUACCCUCAACUGAAUCUAUACAACAACCUAUCAACAACGCCCCUCAAAUACAGCAAUCAAAUUGGUCAAGAGAAUUUCAAUAUCAUAGUGCUGCUGCUCCUGAAAAUGCUUCUAUGAGUCACGGGUCUGUAACCCCGCAACAAGUGUCACUCAAUAGUGAUGGAUCAAUGUAUGGUAAAGAUAGGUUCAAGACUUCAUACCAACCACAAUUUACACAACAAAACAACGGGUUUUUACAGUAUCAGCGACAGCAAGUACAGCAAACCCCAGUGAAUCAAACGGUUAAUACGAAUUGGGAUCAAGAAUUCAAGAAUCUAGAGAGUGAAUUGUCUGAAAAUUUGAAUAUUAAAGAAGAAAAUCCAGAUAUUAUAGUUGAAGAUCAAGAAGGUGCCAAUUCAAUGGAUAAUACAGAUGCUAAUUUUGAAUACCAAUCCGAGUUUCAAAAAGUUUGGGAUUCUUUAAAGGAUGAUGAGGAAGAUCUCCUAUCAACUAUUGAAAAAAUCGACUCACGUGAGUUAUUGCUAUUUAAUUAUAAAUUUGAUUCUGAUUCUAGGGAGAAUCCCUUUUUAAACAAGCCAAAUGCCUACAAAAUCGGAUGUUUGUUAAUGGAAAAUGGGGCCAAGUUAAGUGAUGCGGCUUUAGCGUUCGAAGCUGCUUUGAAGGAGAAUUCUCGACAUGUUGAUGCAUGGUUAAGAUUAGGUAUAGUUCAAAUCCAGAAUGAAAAGGAAUUAAAUGGUAUUGCAGCCUUGGAAUACUGUCUUGAUAUAGAUCCAGUAAAUUUAGACGCGUUGGAGAAUUUAGCCAUUAGUUACAUCAAUGAAGGCUAUGAUACAAAUGCUUUGAAAAUAUUGAAUAGAUGGGUUAAGAAUAAAUAUCCAAAUUUUGAACAUUACGAAGCAACAACGGAAGAGUCUAAAAGAAUUGAAAGUGAUUUAGAAGAUGAUUUAAGUCAUAAUUUUAAUGCAGUUAUGAUAAAGAAAUUUAAUCGUCUAGCUGAAUCAUUACCUGAACAUGAUGCCAAGUUAGAAUUAAUUCGUGGAUUACUAUAUUAUGCUGAAGAUGAUUUUGACAAGACUAUAGAAUGUUUCAAGGAAUCGUUGAAAAUCAAUCCUAAUGAUGAGGUAAUGUGGAAUAGACUAGGUGCAUCUCUAGCCAAUUCAAACAAACCAGAAGAUGCCAUUCAAGCUUAUCAUAGAGCCCUUAACUUAAAGCCAUCCUUUGUAAGAGCACGUUAUAAUUUAGCUGUGGCAUCAAUGAAUAUUGGUUGCUACAAGGAAGCCGGAGAACAUUUAUUAACUGUUUUAAGGAUGCAUCAAGUUGAAGGUGUAAAUAAUGUGGAAACAGACAAUAAUGUCCUGGAAAUUUUGAAAAGAGUUCUCAUGGGGAUGGACAGAGAAGAUUUAUUGGAGAAAGUAUACCCUGGGAUGGAUCUUAAGGAUUUCACCCACGAAUUUGCAUUUUAA